UUUCUUUUUCUUCAGUCAAACUCGUCGUUGGAUCUCCUCUCAGUUCGACCCCUUCCACCCACCGGAUUGACGGAGAUCUCCCAUCGAAUCCCUUCGAUUCUUGGCGGGAUAUGAGAGAUCUGGCCCUCCUCGAUCGAUCCGGCGAGGGUUUUGGCCUCAAAGAAAGAGAAGGAACGGGGAGGUGAAGGACUCGCGGCCGAUCCGCGAGGAGGAGGAAGAGAGGAAAAGGAGAGAGAUCGGUAGAUAGGGGCCAAGAUGAUGGAGUGGACGACGGUGCAGCAUUUGGACCUGAGGCACGUCGGCCGUGGCCUCAAGCCCCUCCAGCCCCAUGCCACCGCCUUCCACCCCACCCAGGCCAUUGUUGCAGUGGCCAUCAGGACCUACAUCAUAGAAUUUGAUGUACUUUCAGGAAGCAAAAUUUCUUCAAUUGACAUUGGUUCACGUGUUGUACGUAUGUCAUACAGUCCUACCAGCGGACAUGCUGUAAUUGCUAUCCUUGAGGAUUGUACAGUCCGAUCCUGUGAUUUUGAUACUGAACAGACCCUUGUGCUACACUCUCCUGAAAAGAGGAGCGAGCAAAUUUCUGCAGAUACAGAAGUCCAUCUUGCAUUGACACCUCUCCAACCUGUUGUUUUUUUUGGUUUCCAUAAACGGAUGAGUGUGACAGUUGUUGGUACAGUUGAAGGGGGAAAGCCACCUACAAAAAUAAAGACUGAUCUUAAAAAGCCUAUUGUCAACCUUGCCUGCCAUCCUCGUCUUCCUGUCCUGUAUGUAGCUUAUGCUGAUGGCUUGAUUCGAGCUUACAAUAUUCAGACAUAUGCUGUCCAUUAUACCUUACAACUUGAUAAUACAAUCAAGCUCCUUGGUGCUGGUGCUUUUGCCUUUCAUCCUACCUUGGAGUGGAUAUUUGUUGGUGAUAGGAGGGGUACCCUUUUGGCUUGGGAUGUAUCAACAGAGCGACCAUAUUUAAUUGGAAUUACACAGGCAGGUUCCCAUCCUGUAACAUCUAUUUCAUGGCUCCCCAUGCUACGGUUGCUUGUCACUGUGAUGAAGGAUGGGGCACUACAUGUUUGGAAGACACGUGUGACAGGCAAUUCCAACAGACAGCCAACACAAGCAAAUUUUUUUGAGCAUGCAGCAAUUGAAACCAUCGACAUUACUCGGAUUUUAUCUCUUCAGGAUGGAGAAGCUGUUUAUCCUUUACCACGAAUCAAAAGUUUGUCAGUUCAUCCAAAGUUAAAUCUAGCAGCACUACUAUUUGCAGACAUGUCAAGUGGUGAUAAUUUGAAAAACAAGGGUGCAUACACAAGAGAAGGAAGGAAACAGCUCUUUGCAGUUCUCCAAAGUGCAAGGGGUUCUACUGCUGCCGUCUUGAAGGAGAAGCUUUCAGUUUUAGGUUCAUCAGGAAUUUUGGCAGAUCAUCAGCUCCAGACACAGCUGCAAGAACAUCACUUGAAGGGCCAAAGUCAGCUAACCAUUUCGGAUAUUGCACGGAAGGCAUUCCUUCACAGCCAUUUCAUGGAGGGGCAUGCCAAAAGUGGCCCAAUAUCUCGGUUGCCCCUCAUUACAAUCUCAGAUGCGAACCAUCAACUGCGGGAUGUUCCUGUUUGUCAGCCUUUUCAUUUGGAGCUGAAUUUCUUCAAUAAAGAGAAUCGUGUCCUUCAUUAUCCUGUUAGAGCAUUUUAUCUAGACGGUUUCCACCUAAUGGCUUAUAAUAUCUCUUCUGGAGCGGAUAAUCUAUACAAGAAACUUUAUUCAACGAUUCCUGCAAAUGUUGAAUGCCUUCCCCAAAGCAUGCUCUACAGUUCAAAGAAACACUUUUUUCUAGUUGUUUUCGAAUUGAGUGGUGCUAAUAGUGUUCUGCAUGAAGUUGUUCUUUAUUGGGAACAGACAGAUCCACAGUCAGUUAAUAAUAAAGGAAGUUCAAUAAAAGGGCGAGAUGCAGCACUUAUGGGUCCAAAUGAAAAUCAAUAUGCUAUUCUGGAUGAAGAUAAAAGUGGUCUUGCUCUGUAUAUUCUGCCAGGGGUGGCUUCUCAAGAAGUCAGUGAUAGUAAUGGCGCACUUGAUGCAAAGUCAUUUUCUGAUACUGGAGUUGUUUCAAACCAAGGGCCACUGCUGUUUGUUUUUGAAACAGAGGUUGACCGCAUAUUUUCAUCUCCACUAGAGUCAACCAUCUUGUAUGUUAUUUCUGGAAACCACAUUGGGUUGGCCAAGUUGCUUCAGGGAUACCGUCUAUCAGCUGAUGAUGGACGGUACAUUUCAACAAAAACUGAAGGGAAGAAGUUUAUUAAGUUGAAACCAAAUGAGACUGUUUUCAAGGUUCGCUGGCAAGAGACUCUUAGGGGUCAUGUUGCUGGCAUAGUGACAAGCCACAGGGUACUAAUUGCUUCUGCUGAUCUAGAUAUACUGUCCAGCAGUUCAAGCAAGUUUGAUAAAGGACUCCCAUCAUUCCGAUCCCUUCUAUGGGUUGGCCCUGCACUCAUUUUUUCAAGUGCGACUGCUAUUAGUGUUCUUGGAUGGGAUAGCAAAGUUCGGACCAUUCUUUCUAUCAAUAUGCCCUGUUCUGUGUUGAUCGGUGCCUUGAAUGAUCGCCUAUUGUUUGUGAACCCAACAGAGAUAAAUCCUAGACAGAAAAAAGGGGUUGAAAUAAGAAGCUGUCUUGUGGGACUUCUUGAGCCUCUUCUCAUUGGAUUUGCAACUAUGCAGCAAUACUUUGAACAGAAACUUGAUCUCUCAGAAGUCUUAUACCAAAUAACAUCAAGGUUUGACAGUUUGCGUAUUACUCCAAGGUCUCUUGAUAUAUUGGCAAAAGGCUCCCCUGUUUGUGGAGAUCUUGCUGUAUCACUAUCCCAAGCAGGUCCUCAAUUUACACAGGUGCUGCGCUGCAGUUAUGCUAUCAAGGCUCUCCGUUUUUCUACUGCUUUAUCAGUUUUAAAGGAUGAAUUCCUGCGUUCUAGAGAUUAUCCUCAGUGUCCUCCUACUUCGCAGUUGUUCCAUCGCUUUCGACAGUUGGGAUAUGCUUGUAUCAAGUAUGGUCAGUUUGACAGUGCCAAAGAGACUUUUGAGGUCAUUGGCGAUUAUGAAAGCAUGCUUGAUUUGUUCAUAUGCCACUUGAAUCCUAGUGCCAUGCGACGCCUUGCUCAGAAAUUGGAGGAAGCUGCUACAGAUUCUGAGCUCAGACGAUACUGUGAAAGAAUCUUAAGAAUCCGUUCAACUGGAUGGACACAAGGUAUCUUUGCUAAUUUUGCUGCUGAAAGCAUGGUACCUAAAGGUCCAGAGUGGGGUGGUGGAAACUGGGAGAUCAAAACACCAAUUAUUAUGAAGGAUAUACCUCAAUGGGAGCUCGCCGGGGAAGUGAUGCCAUACAUGAAGACCAGUGAAGGGCCUAUCCCAUCCAUGAUUGCAGAUCAUAUAGGUGUUUACUUGGGUGCUGUGAGGGGAAGAGGCAAUGUGGUGGCAGUAAGUGAAAAGAGCUUGGUUAAAGCAUUCACAGCAGCGAGUGGUGAAAACGUGUCUCUCACCUCAUUUGAACCAUCAAAGCAGACCAAGGAUGGUGAUUCAAUGGGCGAUACAUUGGCAAAGCAAUUGACAGGCCCUGCUGCUGCUGGAGAUGAGCAGGCAAAAGCAGCGGAAGAGUUCAAGAGAUCUUUAUAUGGUGUUGUUGAUGGUGGCAGUAGUGAUGAAGAUGAAGCAACAUCGAAAACCAAAAAGAUACAGAUACGAAUACGUGACAAGCCUGCUGCACCUGCAGUGGAUGUCGACAAACUUAAAGCAGCCACCAAACAGUUAGGUUUGGGCCCUCCAAUGAGGACUAGGUCAUUAUCAGGACCAGCUCAAGAUCCUUCGAUGAUAUUACCACAGACAGCCCCUGUUACUACAGCAAUUGCACCAGCUACUGCCACAGAUAUGUUUGGAACUGAUGCUUUAUCAGCACAAUCCCCAUCGCAAUCUGGCCCAAUGGUUGCGGGCAUGGGUGUGUCAGCUGGACCUAUUCCAGAGGACUUUUUCCAGAAUACCAUUUCAUCACUCCAAAUUGCAGCUACACUGCCCCCUGCUGGAGCAUUCGUAUCAAGAGCUGAUCAACGUGCUCAAGUAACGACGGAGAACAACUUAGUUUCUAAUCAGAAUGUGAUGACUGAUAUUGGCCUUCCGGAUGGUGGAGUCCCACCUCAAGCAUCACAACAGCCUCAAGUGCUACAACAGCCUCAAGUGCCACAACAGCCUCAACUUGGGGCAACUGGACUACCUGAAGUUGGCGUUCCCCAACAGUCUCAAGCUCUUCCUCCUCGGAUUCCUGUCUCUUCGCAGCCAAUUGAUCUCAGUUCUCUUGAAGUUCCGGGUUCGAAUGCUACGAAAUCCUCUCCUACUGCCCCAACUGCACCUACUGCUGUGCGCCCGGGCCAGGUACCCCGUGGUGCUCCUGCUUCUGUAUGCUUCAAGACUGGUCUUGCUCACCUUGAGCAGAACCAACUUCCUGAUGCAUUAUCUUGUUUGGAUGAAGCUUUCUUGGCUCUUGCCAAAGAUCAAUCCCGUGGAGCUGAUAUCAAAGCCCAAGCGACUAUUUGUGCCCAGUACAAAAUUGCUGUGGCAUUACUGCAGGAGAUUUCUCGCCUCCAAAAGGUCCAGGGUCCUGGUGUACUUAGUGCUAAGGAUGAGAUGGCAAGGUUGUCUCGCCAUCUUGCUUCUUUGCCCCUCCAAGCAAAGCACCGCAUCAACUGCAUAAGAACUGCCAUCAAACGGAACAUGGAAGUGCAGAACUAUGCUUACGGAAAGCAGAUGCUCGAUCUCCUCCUCUCGAAGGCACCACCAACCAAGCAGGAUGAGCUGAGGAGCUUGAUCGAUAUGUGCGUCCAGAGGGGGCUGUCAAACAAAUCCAUCGACCCAUUUGAAGAUCCUUCUCAGUUUUGUGCUGCGACACUCAGUCGCCUGUCUACCAUAGGACAUGACAUUUGUGACCUAUGUGGCGCAAAAUUCUCUGCUCUUUCAACACCUGGAUGCAUUAUCUGUGGUAUGGGAAGCAUUAAGAGAUCAGAUGCUCUUGCAGGGCCUGUUCCCUCACCGUUCGGGUAAUAUAAAUUUGCGUAAUUUUGUACGAGUCACUUGCACAAGAUGUUCUUGUAUGAUUUCAUUAUACCUAUCAUGGUUUUUUUGGCUGUAAACAUCAGAGAUGCAUUUCUGUGGCUUAUAUGAAAUUGAUUUGUUUGUUACUAUA